UUAAAUUUAUUAAAAUGUUUCAAUAUUUACGAAUAAUUACAUUAUUGUUUGCAAUUUCAAUUACUUUGUCAUGGUCAGCGCCAACUGACAAUAAUGACAUACGAUUAUUACCAAAACGUGACUUUGCAAGCUAUUUAGACAGUUUGUUGAAAAUUGAACAAGACAAUGUGAUUGAAAAUGCAGUAGAUUCAAGUGAAGAAGAUAGUUCCGAGGAAGAACCCGAAAUUGAGCAUGGAGAUUCCUUAACUUUUCAAGGUGAAGACGGUAUAUGGCGAACAAUUGAUUUGACGGCAUCACUUGAAUCUGAUGAAUUAUACGACUUCCAUAAUUUAUCUUGGGUAGAUGAACCCGAAUAUAAUGAUAAUAUUUUACAUGGCCGUGAUGCUAUUGUACCAAGAAAAGUUUCUAAUCAUGUAUCACACAGUUUAUACGUCCGCACAGAUCCUGAUACACCAUAUGACGUAACACCAGUAAAUGGUCGUGAUGCUCCUUUUGAUAUUAAUCAUCCAACAAAGGUUAUUGUUCAUGGAUGGUUAGAAAAUGAGGACAAAAAUUGGUUGAAAAGCAUGAAAGAUAAGUAUUUCAUAGGCGGAAACUAUAACGUAAUGAUUGUUGACUGGCAACACUAUGCAACAAUGGAGUACACAAUUGCCGCACGAAAAACAAGAAACAUUGGUGCAUACUUGGGUCAAGUAUUAGUGUCAUUGAUUAAAGCAGAAAAAAUACGCGUUGAGGAUAUUCAUAUUGUUGGUUUUUCAUUGGGUGCACAUGUAUCUGGAGUUGCGGCUAAAACAAUUUUAGCACAAACUGGGAAAAAAGUAGGACGUAUUACUGGUUUGGAUCCAGCAGCUCCAUUAUUUGAAAUUCCACUUUUAGCUAGCAAGAAAAAACGUCUAAUAAAAGAAGACGCUCUUUUCACUGAUGUCAUCCAUACUUGUGCUGGAAGCUUAGGAUUUAAACGUAAUGUUGGCCAUGCUGACUUUUAUCCAAACAAAGGAGAAAAUAUUCAGCCAGGUUGUGGAAUUAUUAAAAACAUUGUCUGCAGUCACAACAGAGCCCAUCUAUUCUACAGUGAGUCAAUUAAUUCAGAACGUUUUGUAGCAACUGCUUGCCCAUCUUGGAAAAAAUACAAGAAGGGUAAAUGCAACGGUAAUGAAGUUGCUACAAUGGGAUUAUACUUAGACUCAACAAAGGCUUCAGGAGAGUACUAUUUACACACCAAGAGCAAAGCUCCAUAUGCUUUGGGAAAUUAAGCUGUGUAUAGAUAAAAAAUAUGUGAUAUAUAUAUUAUUUUUUUGAAAUUGU